UAUAUACCUAUCAUAAGAGCAGGCCCGGCGACAUUGACAUUAAGUUCUUUUGAAGGUUUAGAUAAGGUACGGGCAACGGGAUGCAUCCGGCACCGACGACGCCUCCCACUGUCAUGUACCGAAUGCCACCACCCACGGCGGGUGGCAUAAACGAGCCUCAGGAAUGCCCGUACUGCCGUCGCACGUUUUCGUGCUACUACUCCCUCAAACGCCACUUCCAGGACAAACACGAGCAAUCGGAUACGCUAUACGUCUGCGAGUUCUGCAACCGUACGUACCGUACGAAGAACUCGCUGACGACGCACAAGAGUCUGCAGCACCGCGGUACCAGCGGCGUGCUGAGGCGGCUCCUAAAGGCCACAGCCAUGAAGAAUGUUUUCGGUAGCAUGCAACACCAGAUGCAGAUGCAGCAACAACCGCAAUGAAAACGUCGGAAAAACCAAAGUCUCCCUAUGCUGGAUCGUCCGCGUCGUCGUCGUCGUCGUCGUCGUCGUUGUUGCCGCCGUCGCCGCCGCUAUCAUCCUGCUGCUAACGUCGUCGUUCUUCGCGCGAAUCGCUCGAUUGAUUGAUUGACGUUAUCAGGCAUCACGUAAUUCUAGAACCAAGGCCAGAUUAUCGAGAGGAUACGAAAGUUACUACUUUGCGUACCCCAGGACACUCCCGUACUCAAUUUAAGCUGCACUCUCAAGUCGGUUAGCUCGAACCACGUUUUAUCAAUCGCACCUCAUUCUUAGGUCGCGACUUACAUACAAAAAUCGGUUAGCACAGAUCAUUUCUAAACAAUUUUUCUAAAUAACAGAGUGGAUUAUCGUAGUUAUUUAACGGUGAGAGAUUAUCGAUGCAAUUUGUAUUACGAGCUAUAGUUGGAUCGGAGUGAAUUAGCAGCAACCUGGAUUAACGAGAUCUUGUUUCUCCCAUCUACGCGCUGUAUUUAGGUUUGUAAUCCGCGGAAGAAGAGACUGCAAAUCGCUAAAUCGAGAUUAGUAAACCCAGGAGCAAUUUAGCUCUUGUUAAAUUGCAACGAAGCCCUCGUAAUUUCAACGAUUAAUUUACUCUUAUUUACUCACAUUCACGUAAUGUCUGUUCGUGAUCAGUUAUCGUAAGACGUUAAACGAGAAAAGGAUUAAAGAGAAGGGUGGAAAGCGGAGAGUGUUACAUGAAAGCCCGAAUCGCGGAUAAGUCAGAUAGAAAUUUCGGCAUUUUCUCCCAGUUUUCCCUCUCACUUUUCCAUCCGACGAAAACAGGCGCGAUUCUUCUUCUUAGUUUAGACUCGCCAACGUAGCGUGGUAAUUUUUUUUUUUCGUCAAGACUGCAAUAAAUCCAAAGAAGGACAAAUUUGACUGAGAAGUUUUGUAAUUCGACUGAAACAUAAUGGAAGGGGAGGAGACUCCAAGGUUAGUUUAGUGCGCGAAGCAAACACACAUUCCAUUGUCAGCGAUCAGGAUGCUGAUGACGCCGAAUCAGUCAAACAGUCGACUGUCCGGCGAAAUUUCAAGUGAAGAAUCUAUGUGUGGGAUGCGUUUUCGAGGACGACAUUAUCCCGCCGCGAGCUUUUUUUUUAAGUUAACGUUUUCCAAAAAAAAAAAAAAAAAA